AUGUGUAAGUUCUGUGACUUCACGUUUGAGGGCGGAACCAAUCGCUGCGCGAUUCACCUUGCGAAAUGGAAAGGGCAGGAGAAACACGCUGUCCGGCUUUGCAAGAAGGUGUCCGCGGCAGUCAGUGAAGAAGUGCGCGGCAUGUACGAGGAGAAGGUGGAGAAGCAGGGCGUCAAACGAGGGGCGGCCGCUGCAGCAAUUGACUCCGCGCUGGGCGCGGUCACUGGUUCUUUAGAGAAGAAGGGGAAGAUAACGUCCUUCUUCAGCGAUGAGGCGACGAGCGCCAAGGAGGACGCGGAUAACGCCCUCUGCCUUUUGAUCGCGGCGUUAAGACUUCCCGAGCGCAUCGCGGAUGACCCGGUCUUCCGCUACGCGGUCCAGUGCUUUGCGCGCGCUGGACCGGGGUACGUCCCCCCCAACAGGCGCUACAUUGGAGGGGCGGGCUUGAAGAAGGUGCGGCAGAAAAUGGAGGAGGCGCUCGCCCCCGUUGCCGCCAGCUGGAAGCGGGACGGGGUCACCGUGUCGUCGGACAUGAUGACUGACCGUUGUGGCCGCCCGCAGGCCAACGUGCUCCUUGUCAACGACUCAGGCGCAGUGUUCGAGCAGGCGGUGGACUGCAACAUGGAGUCGAAGACCGGGGGGUACAUCGCCAGCCUUCUCCGCCCCGUCAUUGAUAAGGUGGGGCCGGAGAAUGUGGUGGCGGUCUGCACUGAUGGCGGCAGCAACUAUGCCUCGGCAGCCAAGAAGAUUGCGAGCACAUGGCCGCACAUUGAGCAUGUGCCAUGUGCCACGCAUGUCCUGGACCUGAUGAUGGAAGACGUGGGCAAGAUGGGAUGGGCGAAGGGGCUCGUGGAGAAGGGGGGGAUGAUGAUUACCUUUGUGCGCAACCACCACUUCACCCGUGCUUACAUGAAGAAGGGUGGGGGGAAACAGGUGCUCAAGCCCGCGGGGACCAGGUUCGGGACGCAGUACAUAGCUCUGUCCCGGCUGUGCGAGGUGCGGGGUGGGCUGGCGCAGAUGGUUCUCAGCGACGAGUGGAAUGAGUGGGCAGUGGCAGACAAGGACAGGAAGACUGCAGCCGAGAAGUUCAGGGCUGCCGUGAUGGAUGAGGAGUGGUGGGGGCUGGCGGUGUUUUUUACCUCUCUCAUGGCGGUGCCGUACAAGGCCAUGCGGGCCACGGACUCCUCGGCGAAGGGGAUGAUGGGUAAGAUGCAUGAUAUCAUGCUACAACUUACCGAGGACAUCAAUGACAAGUUGGACGAGGCAGGGGACUAUUUGACAAGGGCGGAAAAGGCUGAUAUCACCAAGAUUGUGAAGGACAGGUGGGACAACUCACUUGCCUGCCCCAUGCAUGUGGUUGGCCGGAUCCUGAAUCCGGCCAACCAGGUGGAGGGAAUUUUCAGGAACGACGUGGAGUGCACUCGAGUGUUCAAGGCCUACAUCGAGCGCCACUACGACAACAAAACCUUCAGGCGUGGCAAGGAUGGCGCCCCUCGCCGCGCCUCCCUUGUUCUGCAGGAGGCAUUGCUGGCCUACAUCAACAUGGAGGGCAGCUUUGGCACGCCGGCCGCCAUCUCUGCAAGGGAGGCAGUGAAGAAGGGGGAGAUGAGCAUGGUGCAGUGGUGGUCGUGGCACAGCACCGAGUACCCUGAGCUUGCCACCCUCGCAUGCCGGGUGCUCACUCAGCCCGUCUCGGCUUCCCCAUGCGAACGUGGCUGGGCACAGUGGGAAGGCGUCCACACCGCCCGCCGCAACCGGCUUGGGUCCGCCAAGUGUGCGGACCUCGUCUACAUUGCGCACAACUGGAACGUUGUGCGCAAUUGGUACAAGAAGGAUGGGGGCAGCACGGUUGUCCCCGGUAACAUCCCGGAUGCCCCUAUCCCUCGCGGCUACAACAUGGACGAGGAGGAGGAGGAUGACCUGCUGGGGGGGGAAGGAGAGGAUGCAGUUCUGGCGGAUGAGUAUGGGGCAGGGGUGGUGUUGGAAAAGCCCCGCAAGGAACUCGGCUCGUCCGAUUCGGAAGAUUUUUUGACAUGGCUAGACCAGCAGAAGAAGCAAAUAGAGGCAAAUAUGGCGGACAACGAGACACUAGACAAGCUGAUAGAUGCUGACCGAGAUUAUAAGGCAGAGGAAGGACUGUCAGAUUGGUUGAAAGAGGGAGGCAACAAGGCCAAGAAGUUGGACAGGGUGCUAAUAGCCGACUACAACGAGAGAGUUAGACUCACCAAUCGGGCGGUGUUUGCUGAAGGGGCAUUUCUAGGAGUCUGCGAUAAACAUUAUGAGGUUCAAGCGAGGGUUGAUGAGUUGCAAUGUCAGUUGGAGGAGCAGCGAGUAACGGCUGAGAAGAAUGAGAGACUGUUGUGUAAGCUGGCGGAGUCGCAGGGGUUGUUGGCAGAGGAGCGCAAGCACAUGGUCGAGCGGUUGAGCAGGGAGGUGGAGCAGUUAAAUGCGCAGCUGCAGAGUUCGAGCGACAAGUGGAGGCAGAAGAAGGAAAAAAUGAAGAGGACAUUGGAGGAGCAGAGAGAGGUGGUGGAAGAUGUGAGUGUGCGCCUUGAGGCAGGUGCUCUUGCUCUGCUCGCGUCUCACUCGAUUCCUCCUGGUCUGCGCGCGAUGGGCCACCUGCCCGCACCGCGGAAGUUGCGCCGCAUGGCCAACGCAGUCGCUCUCCUCGGCGCGAUUCGCCUGCGCGCCGUUCCCCAGGCCGCCGAUCCUCCGAGCAUCAUGCGUGAGUGUCGUUCUCCGUGCUCUGCGUCUCUUGCGCAGUCAUGUCCGCGCCGAUCGCCCGAGCACGGCUCGAGCCGUCACACAUCCCCGCAGGGGCACGGGCUGCGGCGAGUCGCGGCCGGCAUGGCAAUAGGGGAGGUCUCGGUCGCAGCGGGAGACGCCGCCAGUCGUCCUCCUCAGCUGACGUCCUCAGGGCUCUCCCAGGCGUGUUCGAGGCUGCGUUCCGCCGGUCGCAGGCGGGUUCUUCCGAGUCCUGAGUAUGAGCGUGGUGAGUAUGAGCGUGGUGAGUAUGAGCGUGGUGAGUAUGAGCGUGGUGAGUAUGAGCGUGGUGAGUAUGAGCGUGGUGAGUAUGAGCGUGGUGAGUAUGAGCGUGGUGAGUAUGGGCGUGGUGAGUAUGAGCGUGGUGAGUAUGAGCGUGGUGAGUAUGAGCGUGGUGAGUAUGAGCGUGGUGAGUAUGGGCGUGGUGAGUAUGAGCGUGGUGAGUAUGAGCGUGGUGAGUAUGAGCGUGGUGAGUAUGAGCGUGGUGAGUAUGAGCGUGGUGAGUAUGGGCGUGGUGAGUAUGGGCGUGGUGAGUAUGAGCGUGGUGAGUAUGAGCGUGGUGAGUAUGGGCGUGGUGAGUAUGAGCGUGGUGAGUAUGAGCGUGGUGAGUAUGAUCGUGGUGAGUAUGAGCGUGGUGAGUAUGAGCGUGGUGAGGCUCAGUCGCACCAGACCAAUCAGGUUUCAAAUGCUCAGCCUCAGGUCAGUCGUCGCAGAGGUCCAGCAGCUGCAGCACGCGUGCAAGAGACUGGAUCUGUUGUAGAGGCGCGCGACAAGCUGGUGGCCGUGACGAGCUGGGUUCCUUCGCCUUCUUCGGAUGGGAGUGGGCCUGCAACUGAUGGAGAAAGGGGUGAUCGUAAUCUCCUUCCCCUGAAUGUUCUUCUCAAGAUUAAUGAUCAGGGUGCAGUGAAGGAGAUUCAAGAUGAUCUUGGAAAUCUACCACAAGAUUCGGUGUAUUUGCGCAUCCGGCUAGUGGAGGGCUCCGAUAUUGUGUCAGAGAGUGACAUUGAUGUGGCUGCUGCGCACGACGCAUUGGUGCUGGGUUUCAAUGUCAGCGUGACAGAUGAGGCGAAGAGAAAAGCGGUUGAGAAAGGGGUGGAUGUGCGAGAUUUCACGGAGAUUCCUGCCUUGGUCAAUGGUGCUCGCUUGGCAAUGGAAGAACUCCUGCAGGUUGUUAUGGCGGGCGCAUGUUGUGAUGUGCUUGUGGAGGGGUUUGAUGAGUGGCAGAAGGGUGAUGUGAUUGAAGCCUUUCAAGUGUGCCACACGGGAAGGACUCUUGAAGAAGCUUCUGAGCUUAACUACCUACCUCUAACGAUAAAGAUCAACAAAAACGCGCCCCACACAGUGCGUCUGGCACAGCGAAAAGUCGGGGAACGGCAUGACCUUACGGAGAGGAUGCCGGGCGUUGAGGGUGCACACAGAUUGCCGACUAGCAAAACUCUCUUUCUAGAGGGUUACAAAGGAGGGAAGAAGGCAUUACGGGUGACGAUAGGGUACGAGUUCGAGGAGGAUCUGUGGUGGAAGAAGCAGGUGCAGAGGGAGCAGGGAGACUGUGAUGAAAAAAAAUGUCCUCAGAGCGCCCCCCACAUGCGUCCGGACACAGCAGCCUUCAACGAGGCGAUCAACGCAGCGAUCAACGCGGGGCUUCUGGGGGACGGCAUGGGGGGUUGGGCGUUACCCCCGACGCCUUCAGCUUCAUUCUCAUUAAGGGGAGCAACCAACCAUCCCGCUCCCUACUUACUCCUCCCCUUGCCCCACCUGCCAUCCACCUUCUUCCAGUCACAGAGCGUGCAGCCAGAUGCAGCAUCGUUCAACUCGGUGGUGGCGGAGUACGAGGAGUGCGGCAUGGUGGGCUGGGACACGCGGCCGGCCUCACAACAGCAAAGCAGCGCAGCACCUCGCACCCUAUCUCACUCCUCCCCUCCCCACGUAUCAACGGGGCUCGUCGCCUCUGGGGACCUCACAGCAGCAUUUGAGGUGGGCGCCUAUCUGCGCACGGCUGUCAUGCGCCGCCAAAUCGACUUCGUGCGCUCCGCCGCCGCCUUUGCCUUUGCUGCCUUUGCCCCCGCUGUUGCCGCCAUUGCUGCCUCUGCUGCUUCAACCCUUCUCACUUCCACCCUUGUUUCUGUUGCUGCUGCCGUGGCAGCAGUGGGAGCAUCGGGAGGGGAAGCAAUUUUCCUGGGUGUGGCUGGGCGAGCAGGAGGGGCAGAGGCGGAGGAAGGAGUGGGGGCGGGCAGGGAGGGUGGGGGGGGCGUGAGACUCCUCAAGGUGGGGGUAGGGAAGAGUGGUCUCCUGCCAGCUCUGGAGGGUCAGGGCUUCCGCGUGGUGGAGCAUGGGUGCACCACGUGCAUUGGGAACUCGGGAGGGAUUUCAGAGUCUAUUGGACAGGCCAUUUCUGGCAAUGAUCUGGUGGUAGCAGCAGGGCUGUCUGGAAACUGCAAGUUUGAGGGCCAUCUGCAUCCUUUCACCCGAGCCAACUUCCCUGCAUCCCCGUUCCCCAUCUCCCUUGCGCACUCCCUUCGCUCUCGCCGCUAUUCUCUCAACAGAUUUGGUGGCAGCAGCAGUGAUGUCUGGUAA